UAAAUAGUGGUAAAAGACACGAUGACUGGAAUAUGAUGGCCCAUGUAGGCCACCAAUGAUUGCUCCAGCGAAUCACAAAAGAAAAGUGUUCUGCAUAUAACACAUGUAAAGCCACAUGUUUAAAUUACCAACUAAGACGGAUCCAUGUAUACAUACUCCACCUGUUAAAUUAUUUAUAGUGGAGUUUAAAAGAUUUCACCAUUCUUAAACACCAGUGAGUUAUUACUACCUUAGGACCGAUAAAAAAACGGUUUUACAGUAGCAUACUAGCUCAAAGGCAAGAUAUACUUUGAGAUAAUACUUUGCCUCGACCUCACCGUUCAGGCAGGUUGGUGGCUGGUCUCUCUCAAGUCUCAUUUGACAAAUCAGAAACAGCAUCCUGGACCUGGAGGUCGAUGGGAUGUGAAUAUGACGAUGCUCCUUCUCACAUCUCACCCCAAAUUCCUGCUCGUUUGACACUUCUCACAUCUCACCUUUCUGUAACGAUAGUACACCUUUAACCUUUAAUUUGGACAAAACUAUCUAUUUUCACAAAAUGAGUGGACAAUUGCACUUGUGUUUUUUAAUAUAUAAUAAAAGGACCCCAUCAUGUUGCUCUUCUUUUUUCACCAUGGUGGGGCAUGCUCAAAGGGGCCACUUCUGUUUGUUCUUCGGUUGCUAUCGGUAACCACAUUCUUUUGACUCAUGUUACUUUGUGAGUUGUAUUUACAAAACAGAACCAUAGCGGUGUUCCAAAUAAGGUUUUCAUGCAAUGAAUUUUUGGAUAUAGGAUUACCACCCCCAUAUAAGAGCAGCUGAUGCCUGCUAGUUUUUAGGUGAAAAGUAUCAUUGCCAUUUGUCAAUCCUGGAUGAUUUUUGCAUAAAGGUUUCUUAGUAAAAGUUCCAUGAGGAAAGUGUGGAACAUGUUACUGUGCUAUUUAACCUAGAAACUGACAGGAAUUCCUGAAUUUCCCCGUGUUAGUAUGUGUGAUGGCACAGUAACCAAUAUCAUCGCAUUAUCUGAAAUUUCACCAUACGUAUAUGGUUUUGAGGACCAGCACUACAACAGGCUCCUUUUUCUAUUAGUAAUGUGCUUUCACUAUCACACUGGAUGGCGCACCAUUAAGGAGGACAUUUGUUUCUGAAGUGCAGGUGGAGAAAUAAAAAGCAUGCAAAAGUGCAUGCUUUCUAUAAUAAUGUCUUUUCAUUGCAUUAGCUGUUCAGAAUGAGUGCACUGACCCUCAUCAUGUUGGCGCAGGAUCACAGGUUAGGCUGGCAAAGCAGUAGGAAGCAAAGGCCAUGUCGUAUUUAUGGCAAACAUGUCACUACAGCAUUUUUCUAUUUUCUUUUGCAGCUUCCAAAGCCUUAUUUCCUACUCAUGCAUUGAAUUUGUUAGGAUGAUCAAAUCGAUCAUCUUUUUUUCCUUUUUUGGUCGAGCUACGCUGGAAAUCUGUUUGCCAUUUCAUUAAAAAUCGAUCGUACAGCUUGCUAGAUCAUUGAAAAGAAUCAUCUAGCCUACUAAGGAUAUCAGCUUGUUGUAAGUUUCAUUGCUGCAAUUUAGCCUUCUUGUUUCGUGCAAUCUUAAUGAAUUCGCUUUCUGAAUCUAGUGGCUGUAAGGAGUGAUUGAAACUAUCUUUCACUUUCAGAGCUCAUUAAGUCAUUAUACUCCUGCUGUUUUCUGUGUCAACUUGCCUGCUGCUCAAUACUUUGCAUCUUUAAGUGUCUGUCCUUCAGAUUAAUGGUACAGAUAUCAUACGGUGCCAGAUUGCUGCAUUAUGCAUUUAUGCUUCAGGUAUUCUUUUGGGGCUUUCUUGUUUUGAAAAUUGAUUGGAAGUGUGGUACCCAUUCCACAAGGUGAGGGGACUGAGCUGGACCUAGGACUCAAAUCCAGCUAUGUUGACAGAAGCUCUAGCACUCCUAGAAGAAGAUGAGCACCAUAGCUAUAUAAAAUAGAUGGUAACAGGUUAUUGUGCCGUCACAUUUUUCUUCCUACAUGGCGCAUCCUGCAUUUCCCCUCAAGAACUCUAUGCUCUUCACUAAAAAUUUUCAGCCAGUCACAUUUUGACAAGUAUUCAGAGAUGUUUUUUUUUUUUAAAAAAAAUGGAAAUCUCUACUAAGUUCUUCUAAUUAUUUGUUUCUGUGAUCAUCAUGGUAGCGCCUGCCCUGGGAGAAGCAAACAACUAGGUUUGUAUAUAUCAUAUAAAAUUGUUUCAAUAUGCUGAUUCCAAGACUUUCAAUCAGAAUCAUUGGCCUGGUGGAAUCAUCGGUCCAAGUUUGCAUUUAUGAUUUGUUAUGUUCUUUAAAAUAAUGUUUCGCUUCUUUCUCUGAUACCAUUAGGAUGGCACCAAGGUCUCCAUCGGCCGGCCUUGACUCAUUUGAUGUCAUUGUUGGUACAGUAUUUCAUCAGCAUUGUAAACAGUCAAACCUAUACUACAUGGACUCUGCAGUCAUAUAUUUCUUUUCUCUGUUUCAAGAUCAUUACUGCCAUGCUCUAUAAAAUGCUAUCACGGUUUCAAGAUAAUUACUGCCAUGUUCUAUAAAUAAUGGUAUAAUGAAAGUCUUUGUUAUGGAUAUUACUUUUUCUUCAAAAUUUACUGGUCUACAAACUUGUAUUAUGAAUUUCCUCCUGGUUUGGUUCAUGGCUGUGACAAUUGCAGUAAGCGUCUUCCUUUCUUCACUGACAAAACAAAUUAUGAAUUCAUGUGCAUAGUUCAUAUGUUCUAAAGCUGCCAAGAAUGUUUUGUCAUAAAAGAAUAAAUACUUCACUUUCCAACUGUGUUUGUUUUGUUUUAUUGUACUUUGAUAUCCCUAUUGUUCUGGUUAAUCAUGACAACAAAGCUAAUACUUGCUGAUAAACAAUGCAUGGGAGUACUGACACAGGGCUAAUCACAAGGUACCCCUUGUUGACGUCUUGGAUGAUGACAUCUCAGCUUGUCCUCUAAUGCCAUCCAUUUCUGUGCCGCUUGGCAAGUAAGCAAGAAACUGUUCUUUUAUCGUUCCAAUUUACAGUCAUCACUAACGUCAUUUGUGGUUUUUACAUCUGGGCCUCUUUAUUCGAUCUUACCUCGGUAUACUGCUCACAAUAAUCUCAGCAUGUAAAUUAUAUUGCAGAUUUUCAGUCAUCACUAACGUUUGGAGCUAACUGUAAUUGAAAAUUACCGGGGAGAAGAGUUCCAGUGCAGAUUGAUGUGAAAAACGAGAGGUACCUAGCUUAGAACCAAGAAUAUCUCAGUGGCCCACAUUUGUUCUGCGUGAGUUCCCUUUCUGCAUCAACUCUACCCCUGCAGACAAGCAGCAUUGUUCCCUUCCAGUUACAGUCUAUUGGCUACCUCUCCUGCAUCUCUCUUAAAAAUUGAUGUGGUGUUAGAAUCAAUCUGUACCAACUUCAUUAUUGAACUGCAAAGAGUUUAAUAUUAAUUUACAACAUCAGUACAGAAUGGCUGGUGACACUUGCACAUAAAAGAAUUGGGCAUGGAAGCCGGUUCGUGUCUUACGCAUAUUGGCCAAUCAGUAUAAAACUGGACAUAGCCAGAGGCAUAAGAAAGUAAAUGUGCUUGGCCUGAUCUUAAGUAUUUUCUCUGUAAAAAUGUAGUCUUAAGUAAAUUUGCUGUCUUAUAGAUUAGAACAUUAAAAUUCUGGAGCUGACUGAAGAAUAUCUACUUAUUGCAGUUCUCCCAAACCCCUGACUCCAUGUCAGACUGGUAAAAUCUGCAGUGGCAUGACUCUUCUUAUGUUUGCAACUUGGUUUGCUUUUUAUCAACAUUACCACUUGUCAUGGCUGUUGCAAGAUGCAUGGAAUACAUCCUGCAUAUGAUUCAGAACCUUAUCACAUGCUGACACCUAGCAGGAAGCAUUCCACUCUGAUUGAAUGGGAAAAUGACACAGUAGUGACACAUCAUCCAUCAUCUGAAGUCGGUACAGAGUUGUCCAAAAACCACACAUCUUGUGUAGAUCCAUGCCCCAAUUGGGGUUCCAAGCUGUAUGAAACCACAGGUUCCAGCAGAGAGUUCUUCCUGAGGAUAGCAACCAGAUGGAGACCAUGUCAUACCCUUACUCCCCUCUCAUCCCCUUCCCCACACAGCAUGAGCAGAGCAGCUACCUCCUGUGGUCUCCUCAGGUGCUGACCCCCCUUGAGAAUGGCAACAUGUGCGAUGGCGACGCCGAUGCUGAUCCUUCCCCUGAUCAGCAGCAGCAAGAUCAUGAGCUCAUGAACAUGCUGCUCCAAGAAGCCAAUGUCUUGCUGCUCCAAGAUGAGCUCUCCAAUGGUGAUCCAUCAUUGGACGGUUUUGAUCAGAGGCUGGGAGGAGGGCAAGAAAAUGGCAACCUGCUGUUGGGAGUCCAGGAGGAGUUCAUGGAGGAGAGCAGUUUAGGCGACCUUCUCGUCGCCGGGGCCAGGGCAGUCGAGUCCAGGGACGCGAUCAGUGCCUCGGCCAUCUUGUCGAGGAUCGACGCAGCACUGGUCAGCUCAUCCGACCAUCUGGCUUGCUACUUCGCCCGGGGCCUGCGGUCCCGGAUCUCCGGCGAAUGCCGGUCCACUGCUGAUGAUGCAGCAGCGCCGGGGAACCGGAUGCCGGCGUACCGGAUGCUCCAGGAGCUGUCGCCGUUCAUCAAGUUCGCGCACUUCACCGCCAACCAGGCCAUCCUGGAAGCCACCGCGGACGACCCGGCCGUCCACGUGGUGGACCUGAACGUCGGCGAGGGCGUCCAGUGGGCGUCGCUCAUGUCGGACCUCGCCCGCCGCCACGGCAGCCGCAAGCGGUUCCGCCUCACGGAAGCGUUCGUCACGGCCGACGCCGACGCCGGCGCCGCCGCGCACCGCACGGCGGGGCGGCUCCUCUCGGAGUUCGCCGCGUCGCUCAACGUCCCCUUCCAGUACAGCUCCCUCCACGUGCGCAGCGACGAGGACCUGCACGGCCUCGCCACGAGCUGCUGCUGCAACUGCAACUGCAACGGCAGCGACGACGACAGCGCCUCGUCGUCGUCCUCGGUGAUCGUCUCGUGCGACACGACGGACCAGCCUUACAGCUCGCUGACCAGGCUGCAGCUGCUGCUCGCCGGCAGCGUCGUCAGGAUCCUCCGGCCAAAGCUGGUGGUCACGACAGAGGAGGAGCUCUUCAGGAUGGGCCGACGAAACCCCAAUUCCUUCGAGGAGUUCUUCCGGGAGGCGCUGCACCACUACGGCGCGGUGCUGGAGUCCCUGGGGAGCUGCUUCCGCGACGGCGGCGGAGGCGGCUACGGCGCGUGCCUGGCGCUCGUGGAGAAGGAGGCGCUGGGGCCGAGGAUCCAGGACGCCGUGGGGCAGUACCAGUACCAGUACGGCCACGGGCCUCUGGCAGGUGGGGCCUGCGGCGUGGAGCUGGAGGGGUUUAGGGCUUGCGAGAUGAGCAGCUUCAGCGUCGCGCAGGGCAGGAUGCUGGCUGCGCUCUUCAGCAGAGGGUUUGGGGUUGUCCAUGGCGACGGCAGGCUUGCGUUGUGCUGGAAAUCUAGGCCUUUGACCUCGGUGUCUGUCUGGAGUCCUGUGUGAAAAAAAAAAAAACACACACACACACACACACAAAGAUAGUACUAGAAAGUUAUAUGCAUGGUCAGCUUGCCUUUA